CGUCCUAUCUGUGCUCAUUGAACUGUUCUACCGUAAUGUGCUCUUUUGCAACAAGUUGAAACAUAUUUUUUAAAACUUGAGGAUAAUUUAAGUAUUUUGUUAACAAUCCCACUACAAGAAUUGCACGUGCUUUUAGCAAAAUAAAAGCUAUGAAAAUCUAUUUAAGAUGUUACAAAGACACAACUUCACCGACUCACAUAGAUGAUUUAUGUCCAUAGCAUUUAUGGAUGGGAUGCCGGACAUCGGGACAUCGUCUGAUGUCAUGGUAAGCGAUGACCAGUUGACCACCGCCCUUCAACAACUCCUGGUUUCAGUUGAAAAAGGUAUAGAGCGUCUGGAACUAAAUGGUAUCUUCAAGUCCGUUCAAGACACAAGAUGUUGCAACACAAAGGAUAGUUCCGUCCAGACCAGUGACCAUCCAUCGCUAGAAUGUCUCUCCAAGGAGGUUUCAGUGGUCACACCGAACAAUGAAGCAACAUCACAAUUGUCUUCCAUCAGUCAUUUGUUCGGUGAGGAGGACAUUGAUGACGGAUAUUGCGAACACAUUCUGACUCAACCGGCCACCGUCAAUCAGGUGGAUCCCGACCUCCUUCAUUCUCAAAUAGCUUUCAUACCCGGUUGCAGAGAUCUGAAGGGCCGUUCUUGUGUGGUUAUUUCAAGUGAUGCCAUUAAAGAUAACAACUUGUCUUCCUGUCAUUUGGCGCAACUUUUCCUCUACUUCCACUCCAUUCCCGAGAAAGAGAUAGCUUCUAGGGGAUUUCUGGUGUUGGUGGACGCAUCAAAACAUUUCGAAGACUUUUGGAAUACUCUGGACGAAACCUUUUGUUUGAUUGAAGCCAACCUAUCGAAUGUGAUAAGUGAAGUGAUAGUUCUCUUACAAAAUGAAGAUGAAUUAUCAUCGGAUCCUAAUAAAUUAUUUCCUACGAGUAGAGUUCAGUGUGAAAUGUGUUCCUAUGAAAAACUUGUGAGCCGCAUUCACAGAAAUCAACUUCUGAAGAAAUAUGGCGGCAAAUACACCUACGAUCAUCAAGAGUGGAUAAGUUUCAGAAAAUUUCUGGAACCAUUUAUGAACGGUUGCCGUCUCUCUGGCCGAUAUUUAGUCAGUCUCCUAGAAGAGCUUAGGGGUCAUCGCUUACCCAUCUCCUCCUCUCUCACUCAUCAAAUGAUAGAACAACAGAAGAGGAUAGUCAGUCUUGCCUUUCACGACGAGCAGCUGCGCCAUCUGGAGGAAGAGGGCGACACUAUUUUAAAAGAACUUCUCUCUUACAGAACGAAAUCUCCUCAUAAUCACGAUUACAGGGAGAAUCUGGAGAAGAGUGUAGUGCUGUAUGGAGAAGUGAGGAAAGCGAUGACGAAGCUGUCUCGAUUGGCUGACAUAAGACUCAAUAAAUUGGAAGAGUGUCUGCAACUCAAGACUUUCCAAGAAGAAUCUAGUCAAGUUCUCUCCUGGUUCUGCCGCAAGGGUAAUGAGUCACUGGAGAAGCAUCAAAUUAUUGCCGAUUCCUUGGCAGCCAUCAAACUACAGGAGGAAGAAUUUGAAAAGUUCUAUUUCCUCGCAAUGCGUCAAAUUGACAAAGGGAAUGAUCUGCUGGAAGAAGUGAGUAGUCAUGACCUUCCAAAGAUCAAUGAGGAAAAUCCUACCACUGAAGGAGGAGGAGAUGUACAAGAUUUGGCUCUCUCUCUGAAGCAACACCUUGGUUCAUUCUCUGAAAAAUUAGAAGGUACAAGGGAAAAGAUUGAAGACACUGCCAAAUGUUAUCAAUUAAUGGAUAAGUCUUAUGAGUGGGCCCUGGAAGCCAUGAGAUUUGUGUCUCACAUGGGUAUGACUGAAAGCUGUGAGGGCAUAAUGAAGCAAAUCCAAUGCCUUCAGGAUUAUUCUGAGAACCAUUUGAGGGUUCCUGAAGACACUCUCUCUGAAAUGUUGGAACUGGCAACAAAAUUGGGAAAUGAGAAGUUGCUUGAACAGUGCAGGGUAGUUAAACAACGUUGUGAAGAAACAGUAGAAUUGAUUCAAGCACGCCAAACUACAUUGCAGAAAGUAAAGCAGCAAGCAGUGGUCGAUAACCUGAGAGGACCCUCCUGGGAGGCAGAAGACGUGAACCAAACUCCUCGGACGAUGCGGUCGAAUUCUCAGCCGACUAACUCCUGGUUACCUGUCAGAGCCAGCACGCCCUAUUCAAUAGGUUUCUCGAGUCAUCAGAGACGACGAUCCACCGGGGGACCCUUGAAUUUGUCUGCCGCUACCCAUCGCUUAGGCUCAUACACGUCUUUUCCCAGUUCUUACUAUCCUACUGCAAAAGAAUCCUAUCAGUUUGAUAAUUAUAUUCAAGAUAAAGAGACAUCUCUUCUGAGUAGGGGAAUAAUUACUGAAGAUUUGACCUCACAAGGACCUGUUGCUACCAUUUCUCUUCUGGGAACGCGCAUCGGCCAACGAGAUAGCCACUGCUCUUCGUCAUCGUCCGCCUCUUCUUGUAGUAAAGAGUCCAGAGAAGAAGAAAGUCCGAACAAUGUAAUAAAGAGUGGUAGUAAAAAAUUGAAUCGUCGCUGGCAGAUGCGAGAUGAGGCUUUGGAAAAAGCAAAAGCUGAAGUGAGAGAGCAAACUGCCUUAUUGCGAAUAGAAAAGCUUAAGAAGAAAGGAAAUAUGAUUGAUAGCAGUGAAUCCUCCGAGGAUAUCCAUAAGAAAUCCUAUUGCCAGAUAGAUUCCAGCCCCGUGCCUGUCAACACUCAUCUCACACCUCCCCCCCUCUCACCUGAUGAAACUGCCUUAGAGUCAAAAUCCAAGAAGACUUUAAUGAAUAUCAUGAAAGAAUUGAUUCAGACUGAGAGGGACUAUGUAAAUUCUUUGGAGUACAUUAUAGAGAAUUAUAUACCUGAGCUAACAAGGGAAGACAUCCCCCAGGCACUCAGAGGAAAAAGAAAUGUUAUUUUUGGAAAUAUUGAAAAAAUCUAUGAAUUUCACAAUCAGUAUUUUUUGGCAGAGUUAGAACACUGCGAAAAUUCACCUUUCACUGUGGGACAAUGCUUUCUAGAUUUUCAAAAUGAAUUUUAUUUAUAUGCCUUAUACAACAAGAAUAAACCUAAGUCAGAUGCAUUGAUGUCAGAGUAUGGAAAUACAUUUUUUAGAAAAAUGCAAUUAAAACUUGAAGACAAAAUGGAUUUAGCUAGUUACCUGUUGAAACCAGUUCAGAGGAUGGGAAAGUAUGCAUUACUCCUUAAAGAAUUGCUAAAAGAAUGUCCAGAAAGGGAGCCCAGCCACCACGCAUUAAAGGCUUCUGAGGAAAUGGUACGUUUCCAACUGAGGCAUGGUAAUGAUUUGCUUGCAAUGGAUGCAUUGAAAGACUGUGAUGUAAAUGUGAAGGAACAAGGCAGGCUAUUGAGACAGGAAGAGUUCAUUGUGUGGCACGGGAGGCUGAGGAAGAAUAUGAUGCGUCACAUCUUCCUUUUUGAGGAUCUCGUUCUCUUCAGUAAAGCACAGAGAGACCCCCAGAGGAAGGGAUAUGAGGUCUACCACUACAAACACAGCAUCAAAACAACAGAUUUGGGACUGACUGAGCAGUUGGGAGACAGCCCAACAAAAUUUGAGAUCUGGUUCCGAAAGAGAAAAGAGAGUGUGACGUUUAAGCUUCAAGCACCCACUCCUGAAAUCAAAGCUGCUUGGGUGACUGAUAUUAGAAAAAUACUUCUCAGGCAGGCCUGCAUGAAUAAAGUGAAUCGCCAGGCAGAGAAUCAGUCUAUGGGAAUAGGGAAUAAGCCAUGUCUUGAUAUAAGACCUAGUGAAGAUCAAAUAAGCGAUCGUUCUAUUAGUAUACAACAACUCACAAGAGCCCCUCGAUAUCGGGGUUCAGGCACUUUUGAGUCUAGGAAAGACAGGAAUUCGAUGAUCUCAGUCUGCUCUUCCUCCUCGUCCAGCAGCAGCAGCCAGUCGUCUCCCUUCCCUUUCUUUGGAACACUCAACCUCGGAUUCGAACCCGGUGACAGCCCUCGACCCCUGCAAAGAUCUCUCACCCAACAGUCUCAAUGUUCAACAGAGAGUGGUUUUUAUACGGACAUGAGUACGGCAGGAGACUCUCCAGAAGCGGAUCCGCCCCGUCACAAGCGAGCCGAAAGAAGCGACAGCCUGCUCUCUAGCGACUCCCUCGCAACAAAUAUGUCACCCACUGAAAGUCUAAAUAACCACUCUUUAGAAGAGAGUCUCACAACUUCCAUGUGAAAGAGUGUCAUUUUUAUUUAUUUAUUUUUGAUGAAGAUGAAGGACGCGUUGUGUGCCAUAUACUGAAAAAUAACCAUGAGCUUCAUAGGUAACUCAACAUAUUAUUUGUAUGAAGAAAAUGAAAUACUAGCACAUGUUCUUUUAUUUAUUUGAAAUAAUAUAUUCAUCUUCUUUUGUCUUUUUUGGGCAUUACUUGUAAAAUAUGCAUACUACCUCCCACUACUAAUCACAAUUGUUUACUAUUUUUUUUUAACAUAAUCAAAAUUCUUUUACUGAAAAGUUAUGUAAUUAAUUAUAUUGUAAAUAUGGUAUUUAUUUGAAACUUUAAAUGCUCCCUUCCAAUUGUGUAUAUUGUAAGUCUACAAAACUGAUUAAUUUAUUACAGAAAUGGAUUUGUUUGGAAUAUAUGUUACCGUAAAAGACU